UGCAGAGCGCGGCGCAUAGGUUGUUCCGAGCAGCGACGCAGUUUCCGCGUUCACCUUACACUUGGUGGAAGGAAGAGGACCAGCAGGUGAGAAGGGCGGAAAAGCAACAGUAUACUUCGCCCGUUCGGCGCAUCAAGCCGCGUUCAGGACGUCGCCGCCAAGUCCAAGAAGGUGUUUACCGCGCCGCAUUCAUCGAUCGCCGCUACUUGCAAGUCUCAGCUGCUCGCCGUACACUUUCUCUACUGGUCACAGUGAAGGGCAUGUUUUCAAGAAUGGCAGCGCCUUGAGUACGGCCGGAACUCUGUGCGUUAUGCUGGUCCUGCUCAUCGGUGGUUGUGCUGGUCAGUGAAUGCGUGUGGUUAUUUGCAUCGCUGCUGCUGGAUAUUCUCUCGUUCUCUCCCAUCACUGAAUUACUCGAUGACAUAAAGAAGUGCCGACUGAUAUGAGGUGAUGGUUCGAAUGAAAGGACAUAGCAGUUGGACAGCUUUGUAACAACAGCAUGACUGAAGAACCGACAUUUGUCCCACGUCUGAUAUGGAGGUGGUUGACCAUAAUUUUGUUAAUAGGCAAGUGCCAAGGUCAGGCAAAUGCCCCUCCAGAAUUUCUAGUCGGUGGAAACAUGGAAAAGUUUUCAUUGCGUGAGGACACUCCAGUCGGUGCAUCUGUCUAUACGCUGAGGGCCAUAGAUCCUGAACACACAAAAGUUUCCUACUAUAUCAGUGGAGGAACCUUUAGUGUUAAUAAAGAUACAGGGGUUGUGCGGCUUACAAGGCCACUGGACAGAGAAGAGGAAAGUACUGUCGAAGUCAUUAUAAGCAUCACUGAUGAAAAGAUACAAGGCCAGAAGGCCAACACGGUUUCACUACAGAGAGAUAUAAACAUUCUUGACUUCAAUGACAACCCUCCAAUAUUUGAAAAUGGGCCUUAUACAUUUCAUGUUGAUGAGGAUACUCAAGUUGGAACAACGGUUUACCGAAAUAUAAUCGUGACAGAUGCUGACUUGGGAAUCAAUGCUGAUGUUGAGGUUUCAUGCCAGAAGCACCUGACACCAGUGACAUGUGAUCUAUUUGGUUUGAACCAAGUUCGUCUUGGGAUGGGACGAUUCCUUCAAGAAAUAAUUUUGAAGAAACUCCUUGAUUAUGAAGAGCAGACAACCUAUGUUAUGAGCCUACUUGCAAAUGACCUUGCCAUGGAAAAUCGAAUGAAUUCUACAGCUGAUGUUAUUAUCAAAGUCAAUGAUGUCCAGGACCAGCCACCAGUGUUUGUGGCAGAUUCAUACUCUGUAACUGUUGCUGAAAAUAGCCCCGAGGGCACAUCAGUUCUCUUGGCGUCGGCCCACGAUGCAGAUGCUGGUUUUAGGAGGCUCUUGUCUUUCAAGUUACUUAAUGACACCAAGGGAUACUUCAGGUUAGGGAAAGUGGACGUCGAUGACAAUGGCAUUCACCACGUUGUAGUAGAGACUUCUGAUGUGACAAUUGACCGUGAAGAUGUCGACAUUGAGAAAAGUGGUGGACUCUACAGCUUUCAAUUACAGGCAGUUGAGAUGGUUGAUGGUGUUCCAAAAGGCGAAAUGGCCAUUUCGGAUGUCAACAUUGUCAUCACAGAUACUGAUGAUCAUGUGCCUGAGUUCAACAGCCACAACUUUAGUAUCAUCAUAUCUGAGGACACACCAGAGAACUCUGCCAUCCCAGGUCUCAACAUGGUUGUCAACGAUAAUGAUGUUGGUGAAAACGCAAGAUUUGGCCUUACCUUGCGAAAUGUGAACAAUUCCAAUGGAGUAUUCUCUGUCUACCCACCAUCAGCAGUCGGUCGAACUCCUGUGCUCAUCAAGGUUGCUGAUGCUAGCCGGCUUGAUUAUGAAGAUGAAAAUGCUCGGAUGUUUGUGUUUGAGGUUGUUGCAUCACAGCAUGGAUUUGAAGUUGCAAGUGCCACUGUUACUGUAGCUCUAUCUGAUGCCAACGAUAAUGGUCCCAUGUUUGAGAACGAGCAAUACCUGAUACAGGUACCCGAGAGUGCAAGGAAUGGAAUGACCAUUUUCUCUCUCGAGGCAUAUGAUGCUGACAGUGGGCCAUUUGGCAAACUUUCAUAUUCUAUGAAGGGCUAUGGAUCAGAAAAGUUUGUGGUAGAAAAAGAUACUGGGCGUAUCAAGAUUGCCUCCUGCAAAAAUGGCUGCCUUGAUUACGAGAGUGUUCCCAACUACUCCUUCACUUAUGAGGCCCAAGAUGGAGGUGGCAAGGUGUCUUCUGUGAACCUCUUUAUACAAGUUGUGGAUGUAAAUGACAAUGCACCCAAGUUCACCAAGGACAGCUACCUUGUAGAUUUGGUGGAAGACGCUUCUGAGUUUGCCUCACCUGUCUUUGUUAAGGCCACAGAUGCUGAUGGACCUAACCAAGGCAAUGGCCGUGUGCAGUACAUGAUCAAAGCCACUAACCUCACUCACCCUGAAGUGAUUUCUAUUGAUGCUGAGACUGGUGAGCUCUCACUUAUGGGAAGUCUCAACAUCACUGCGGCACCAUAUGGUGCGACACGAUUUGAGGUCAUCAUUCAGGCCACAGACUUUGGUGAACCACGACUUGCUUCGGAAAUUCCACUUAUUAUUCGGCUUAAGAGAAAAAAUGAAGGUGCACCUUACUUCUUGAACGCUCCUUACAAAGCUAGUGUCAACGAAAAUGCUAAACCAGGAACUACUGUUCUCCAGUUGGUGGCUACUGACCCAGAUGGCCCAGAUGGCAACAUCAGCUACUACAUUGAUUCUGGUGCCAGGGACAACUUCGUUCUCAACAAACUGACGGGGAUCCUCAGUACAUCAUCAAAUGCAAAUUUGGACAGAGAGUUGAAUGGAGACUCAUACCACAUUGUGGUGUACGCUGUUGACGGAGGUGUGGUACCACAGAAAGCCUUUACCACAGUGACAGUCUCCGUGCAGGAUGUCAACAACAAGCCACCUGUUUUUGCAAAGGACAACUAUGUCCACUGGGUUACUGAAAGUCUACCAGUUGGACGUGAGGUCUUGAAUGUGACAGCCGUCGAUCCUGAUGUUGGGGCUAAGGUGCGGUAUGACAUUGAAGAACCCAUCAUAGCAAGGGACAAGACUGGAUCCUUAGUCACUUCAACCAUCACGUAUAACUAUAAGAAUGCUUUUCGUAUCAAUGGAGUGACAGGUCAAAUUACGGUAAACAGUCCUUUGGAUUACAAUGCAGCGUCAGUAAUUACAUUUAAUGUGGCUGCUGUCGAUCAAAAUGGGGCCAUUCAGCCUCAGAAAACUACAGUGGAAGUCACUGUAUACAUUCAAGCACACAGUGAGAGUAAUCCAAUUUUCGCCCCUCCAUGGACUCCUGCAAACCCAAAAAUUGAGAUCACUGUUCCUGAAGAAUCUACGGUUGGCUCCACUAUAUUUACGGUCACAGCCCGUGAUCCCCUCACUCAUGCUGCUGUCGCCAAUUUUGCAAAGAUCCCAGAGUCUGACCAAGGAAGCUUCUUUUCAGUCAGCCCAAUAUCUGGUGCUGUGACUCUCAACCAGAGGCUUGAUUAUGAGGAGUUGCCCGAAAAGGUGUUGGCAUUUGAUGUGAAAGCCAUAAUUGGUCAGGACAAGAACAGCCAAAAGUCUUCAAUUGCUACAGUAAUCAUUAAUGUUCAGGACAUUAAUGACAACAGUCCAGUUUUUUCACAAAAUUCAUAUGUAACAAUGGUAUCAGAGGCCACGCACUUCCCUCAUACUAUCCUGCUUAUCACUGCAACUGACAAGGACACACAACAAGGAUAUGGAGUUGUCCAAUAUUUCAUCUCUGGAGAAGGAUCAGAUGUGUUCAGUAUCAAUGAAACGACGGGUGCCCUUGGAAUCCAAGAAGGUGCAGUACUUGACAGGGAAAAGCAGCCUCUAUACAACCUGCAGGUGACUGCUGUUGACAACCCAGGGGCACCCUCAAACCAGCGCAGAACAUCAGUUCUGGUGGUGAUUAAGAUCCAAGAUGAGAAUGACAAUGCACCGGAGUUCAGUCAGUCUGGCUACACAGCUGUUGUGCCAGAAAAUGUUCCAACAGGUUUCAGCAUUCUGACUGUUAGAGCGAGUGACAAAGAUGCUGGUUCCAAUGCAGAAGUCAGUUAUUCCUUCGUGGACGAGCCUGAAGUCGGAGCCAUCACACUUUUUGCAAUCAACGACAAGACAGGUGUCAUUACAGUGAUACAACCACUCUCUGGGAGGGGACGGUCAGAGCCAUACUUCUUAACAGUACGAGCCACAGAUGGUGGCUCCCCUUCGCUUCACACAGAUGUCAAAAUACUUAUCAUUAUAGGAGACGUGUCCUCCAAUGAUGGCAUACCACGUUUUAUUCGACCACGGAUGGGUGAAGUUGCCUAUGUGCAUGAGAAUGUUACCAUUGGAGCUUCAGUGUUUCAAGUUCAGGCUCUCGACCCAGACAGUGCAUUGUCUUCAAACGGCCAGGUUGCAUACAAGUUUCUUGACAAACACAGUGCUGUCGGUGAAGACUUAGAAUUUGAAAUAGACCCUGCAUCUGGCCUCGUGAGCACCACUGCUGUCUUGGAUCGGGAGAAGCGUGACAAUUACACGCUAGUGGUCGUGGCUUAUGACAUGGGAGUUCCCCCUCAAGAGGCACACCAGAUCCUUAGAGUUGUGGUGCUUGAUGUUGAUGACAAUGAGCCUGAGUUUGAAAGAUCACGUGAUGCUGAACCUGUUGUGAUGAAGAUAAAAGAGGAAGUUCCCAUUGGUACUAUUGUUGGAAAAGUGAAAGCCUUUGAUGCGGACAUUGGAACAAAUGCCUUUAUUGACUACUACAUUAUAGGUGGUAACAUGGACAACAUCUUCACCAUUCAGCGUACAGGCAACAACGAGGGCGAGAUAUUGACUAAAAAGAGGGUUGAUCGUGAACAGAAGGACCGUUAUCUUCUUACAGUGAAGGUUAGCAUGCCAUCAAAGCGACUUGAAGAAGUAGACGCCACCUACAAUCCUGAUGACAAGACCCAGCUCCUGGUUGACAUAAAGGUCGAAGACAUUGAUGACAACACACCCUCGUUUGAGAAGCCGUCGUACGUUCUUGGUAUACGAAUUAAUUCUGAGAUUAACAGUGAGCUGAUCACACUAAAAGCAAAGGACCCGGACAGUUCAUCGAACAUGAUUAUGUACUCUAUCAGAAACGUUACAUACUACAGACCGUCAUCAAAAGAGUCAAUGCCUGUGAUGGGUCAGUUUGAGCUUGAUGCUCAUAAAGGCACCCUUAGAAAUAUACGAAGCCUGGGUAAAUACAGAGAUGGAUAUUUUGAUAUAACCAUUGAGUGCCAAAGUGCCCCUGGUCCUCAGAAUACUGCUGUCACACAUGUGCGGGUUCACAUACUUCACGAUUCUGACCUAAUGAAGUUUAUCUUCUAUAAGCAGCCACAAGAAAUACGGAAAGUUAUCCCACAGUUUGAAAAGGAUUUAAACCAUGCGCUUGCCAGUGCUGUGACUGCCAACAUAUAUGACACUCAAUAUUCAACACGAGAAGAUGGAAGCCUUGACUUUGAAAGUGCCAGCUCAUGCUUCCAACUGCUUGAAAAUGGGCUAGUGGUGAGUCCUGACGUCGUAGCUAAAAUGUUGGACAUGUCAGCAUCACAGAAGGUUCAGGCACUCUACCACAACUACAGCAUUGUGGGAAUCGAGAAAUGUACACCAGGGAGGAACCCUUACCAGAUGAAGUGGACUGAAAUAUGUGUCCUGAUUGUAGCCUGUCUCAUUGCUGUGAUGGGAUUCAUCUUGACUGUGAUACUCUGCUUUGUUCGUGCCACCUACAAGGCUAACCUCAAGCGAAAACUUAAACAGCGUGGUCCGAGACGACUUUGCGAGCAAACUCCAGCAGUGUCCAUGAUAUCUCUUCCAAGCCACCAGCGUAUAUAUGAGUGGCAGGAAUCCAAUCGGGCUCCUGCACUGGAUGCUAUGUCAUUCAGAAGCUACCCAACCAUGAGGUGAAAACGUCUCCUCUCAGCGUGUGCCUUACCAAUGUUUUAACUGCUUCUUAGCCGCUGCAACUCAAGAAUGUUGAUUCAGAACUUGCCAACACAUAUGCUACAGAGCAACCACAGUACGCUUUCGCUGUGGUCUGAUCUUUUGCAGCUUUAAUUUUCAGGAUAAGCAUUGAAAAUUAGGGCUGCACAUAGUGAGUUUUAUAUAUGAUUGGCUGAGCAUAACCUAUUUGUUCUUUGCCUACUCAAAUUCACACAUUUACAUAAUAAUAGUGAAUGUUUUUGCACAUGUGUGCUUGCAGAAAACUUUGCUAGAAAUUGUUGGCUGUGCUUGUUGGGUGUUUAUGCUCAAAAAAGCAGUGAUGAUGCCAUGAUGACUUUUAUUGGUUUCAAUGCCAUUUUCAACUGCCAUAUCUUUUGCCUGCUGUGUGUGUUGCUGGAUUAUACAUUCUACAGCGUGCAUGCCAUUGAAUGCCAAUACCUCUCAUGCAGGAGUGCAGCUAUGUGCAGCUUCACGUGGGCAUUUAAUUUAGCUAUAACACACAUUGUGCAUUGCCUAAGCUGAAAUACUUUUAUACAACUGAGAAUAUUGUGCUCAUGCUUUUCUGUGUAGAUGAGCUUGAGCUGAAUGUUACAAAAGUAGUGUCAAUGUCAUGAUGCUGAGUUUUUUUUACUGGUACUUUUAUGAAACACAAUAUUUUAAACAUGUUUGACUCUCACAAAAUUGAAAAUACCAGUUGUUUUGAGGUAAACAGUUUACUUGAAUUUCGCCUAUUUCAGUUGAAAAAGAAAACACACCACAGUAAGCAUUAUCCAUGCUAUGAAUCUAUCUAUGCAUCUAUUCGUGGUGUUUUGAUUUAUCCCUUAGAAGGCACACUUGGUGCCUACUUUAUAUGCUCAUGUAAAGCACUUUGUUGUUAUUGGGACCAGUUUUGUACAAGAGAGAUUAGCUUGCAGCUCUUCAGUAGCAAUAUGAUGACCUGUUGCUACAUUGAGAUUUUGUGAUACCACUGAUUAUAACUUCUUAUAUUUGCACUAUGUUGGCUGCGAGUAAAGAAAAAGAAAAGAAAGAGUGCAGUGUCAAACACCGUAUUAUUUUGCUUCAACUAAGCUGAUGUGUGCAAAUGCAUCAAUUGCAUCAUCACCUAUGGAGAUGUGUAUAAACCAAACUGCACACAAAGAUGGCAUAGAGUGGUAGGUUUUGUAAAGUCUCGAGUAUUAUGGCAGUUCUUCAAUACUCCACUCUUACAAAUCAAAGUAUGCUGUGACAUAGAUCACACCUGUAUAAUUUUUUGGUGCAAUGAUUAAUGUUAAAGAGCCAAUAUUCAGACAAGUGUUUCAUUUUAUUAGGACAAGUUGGCACUACCGGCUGUGUUGGGCACACUUGGCAAUAGGCCUAGUGUGAUCUACUUAUCAAGUCUGAUGGCGAACACAUGCCAUACAUUCUGAUUCUUUUUUUGUGAACUGCAUUAUAAAACUUGAUACAAUUGCUUAAAAUCUAGUGCCUGAUGCCACAAUGAAAUUUGAACUCAGAUCAGUGAGCAGUUUUGGCUGCAUGAAAAUUUAUAGAAGUUGUCUCUGUUACCGAUGCAAGGAAUGCAGUGUUACAACAGUUAGACACGAACAGUGUGUUUUGUGAACUACAAAAAAGCGCUUUUGAUAGGCAAUUGCUUUUUUGUAUGUGAGUUUGUGUGGUGAAUGUGUGUGUACCAGUGGCGGUUUUGUUCUGGUGGAGUUCACUCGUGAACAGCACAAAGCCAUCGUGCAUGCAGAGUAUUGAGGCUGCAGAUUUGUGAGAAUGUGAUUUGAUGUGUAUUAGUACACCUGUAAACAAUGCUAUUGAAUGGACAUUGAUUGAAAUAUGGUAUUAUAUUGUCAUUUAACAUUAUGACUAGCUUUGUUUGUUAUACCUGAUAUUUUUAUAUGAAAUAUAGAAAUAGCCUUUACACUGAAAGGCUUCAAUCAAUCCACAUAGCCUUCACUUAGCUUGCCACCUAGGCCAUGUUGACUUUACUGCUGCCAACUAGGUUGAACAGCUUGGUAAGUGUGAAAAGUUUUGCAUGUGACUGGACUUCAAGGUGUGACCGAGCCAUUCCACAUAAGCCAUUGGAGGCUACAGCUUUGCUGAGUGUUAAAUAUUUUACGCCACCUUAUUUGUGUUUGUUUUGGUAUGUUUGUGGAUUAUUUAUGUAAAAAUGUAGCUGUUCGAGGACCUGUCAUGAGAAGAAUUUACUUGCUGUUGGCCUGAAAGCCCUAUGACCUUUGGAAAUGAUGUUGUAUAAUGUUGCAAAUAGCAGAAGCUUGUUGUUGAACGGCAGUAAAAGAAGCAAAAAAUGCAAACCACCAAAAGACACCUUUGCUUUCGUAAACAUAAGACACCCUCAGACCUGUGUCUUUUUUUUUUCUUCUGUCACACACUGCCUCACCCAUUUGCAUGACUGACUCCCCACCUUACAUGCAAUGAGCAGUAUUCACGUUCCUAUUUUAACUGCCAUCACUGUUCAUGUUGAAACCUUAGCGUUACACAUAAAAUCACAUACCGUAUAAAAAGUACUUCUGGCUAGGUAAACACAGAUGCCUUUUUAUGCUAUGUAGCCACUAUUAGAGAUAAUGCUUUGAUACUGUUUAUUAAUAGGGCUCACACCUUGGGGCAGUAGUAACUAUUUGCUAGCCAAGCAUUCAUAUUGUAUGGAACCACUUUCAGAAACUUCUCAUGUAUUUAACAUUGCAGAACUAAGACUGCAGAGCUCUCUAUCAAAUUCAGUAUUAUAGGGAUCAACUGUUACGAUAUAUUUAAAUGACAUAUACCUAAAUACUUGUUUCCUGUUGGGCCUAAUUUCACGGAACAGUUUAAGUUUAGCAUGGUUUAUGGAGCUAUUUUGCUUCAACCUCAGAAGGUGUCUUGUUCAACACAAACUGCUGCUUCUGUGAAAGCUAACACUUUAAGACUUCGUACACAAGGUCUACAUUGUAUAUUUUCAUUUAUUGUGAAACUUCUUGGUAGUAGUACAUUAUAAUCUCUUCAGAGCCUGCUACAGGUGUUCUGGCAUAAAUUUCUUGCCCUCACCCUCUUCAAUCUUUUUUUAAAUAUAUAUGUGGAUUAUGUUGAGAGUGCUCAUAAAAUGAGUUUCUCUGUCACUGAACUUGCAUGCUGCAAGAAGCUUUCCAAAAAUUUUCAGUUUCAAAUGCAAGCGCUAUUUGGAAUCGAAAUUGCGGCAGACUAGUUUCAGUUGUAAGUACAGUAAUCCCUCGUUAACUUGAAGUCGUCAAAUCCGGGGAAAAUUUUGAGAUAAGCGGUAUUUCGAGUUAAGCAAAACGCCGAAAAUGUUUGCCCAGGUCACUGUAAAAGAAAAGCCAGUGCUGCCAGGAAAAGCUCCACUGUACGAGACAGCUACCAUAGUAAAGGCACAAGAAUUCGGAGGGAAAAAAAUUUAUUACCGAGGACCAAAAAACUGCGUGAUGCUCGCCUGUUUCGUGUUCGCGUUCGAGAAAGGCGCUCUCCAGUUGCUCAACACAUCGCAUGAGCCGUUGGUCACCACCGCUGCAUUCGACCUUGUUGCGGAGCAAGCGCAGCACGUUACGUGUUUCUAUCGUCGUAGGCACUUCUCGAGGCUCUUCCUCGUCUGCAUGGUCAUCUGCGUCGUUCACGGCCAUCUCAACGAUAUCGGCGUCCGACAGCAUUCCGGUGAGGUCCGCCUCGUAGAGCGCAUACUCCUCAAAGGCGAUCUCGCCGUCUUCAGUAUCGCUCACGCAGCCAGUUGCCUUGCACACAUAGCACCUAUGGGAGGUUAAUGCACGGUGAAAAAAAGUUUAGACUUAACCGAGAUUUCGAGAUAUGCAAGUUUGAGUUAACGAGGGUUUACUGUAGUUAAAUGGUGUAAAUGGUUACAUUACACAGGGAGCAGUUCAGUGGUGAUUUUGGGGUGAUGGUGCCUGCACAUCUGACAGCAUGUUUUCAUGCAGAAUGUACAAACAUGCCAUAGCACGGGGUAGAGAGACUGGGUGGAAGGGCAUGAGCGUGUGACUUCAAAUUCAGUAUUAAGGGCAUCAUGGCUUACUCACUGUAGUGGUUAUUGGGCUACAUGGCAUGCUGCUGCUGGGUAGGAUGCGAGGUUGUAGGUUGUGGUACAAAAGUGCUUGCAUUCUUUAAGGUGCACAAUAAAAGGACCAUGUGUGGCCUACCACUACAACAUGCCUCAUAGUGCACAGUUAUGUAUUAACUUGUUAUUGACAUUAUGCUUCAAGGUAUUAUGCCAGAACUCCUCAAGGUUACUACUAGCAAAUAAUUCAACCAAUGUGAUGGCAGUUCUCACAUCCAUAACCAGUACCAGAUUUCAUUGCAGCAUUACUCUGGUUUCUGUGGAAACUUGAUUCCUUUUUCCUUUGCUGCAUCUGAGGAUCUCAUACACAGUAUUCUCUGCCAAAAAUAAGCAUUGCCUAAUUUUUUUAUCUUCUUGACAUUCAACUAUAGAGCAAAGGUAGGGAUGAGAAACUCAUUUUAUGGCAUUACUAAGUAAUGGCUUAAAUACUCUGCGCAACAGAACCUGUCUCAUGCCAACAUAAUCUGGGGUAAGCGGUGCUGGCACAUCGUGAUACUUGUCACUUGUGUUGCAUGCUACCGAUUGUUAUAAAUCCAUGCUUAAUGUUUUUGCACUUUAUUUUUAUGUAACAUCAUUUGGUCGCCCAUUCGUGCUGGCACCAGUGGGGAGAGUUCCUCCUUCUGCAUUUUCUUGCUCCACAUAAUGGACUAACACGAGUCACAAGGACUGUUCAAUACGCUCAUGCAUGUACAAUAUAAAUUUGUAGAAGUUUCAGUUUCAUAAACGUUUUAUUGAAACUUGUGCAUUUGCAUAUUACAAGUAUUUAAACGUGUAGCGGGAUGUUCUCAAAUGUACAGGACCUUGGUGUUGGCUGGGGGCUUUUCUCAAAUUAUUAAAUACUCUUAACUUCUAGUGCCUGCAAUUGUCAGCAAAACUCAGAGCUCUACAUGUAUGAGAACAGCUGCGAUUACCUAGCAUGACCAGCUAUAGUGUUAUACAAGGGCAUACAAAUAUUUCCUGGUUGUUUCCUUCCUAUGUGGUGCCUCAUAUUUUAGUAUACAACGUCAAUAUGCAGUUGUUAUUACCGCAUGACGUUUCUAUGCUCUAUAUUCUGCUUGCCUCAUAGGCUGGUUUGUACUGAGGUACCGGGCAGACAAAUAUGCAUGGGCAAACAGAUGUUACUGGCACUAUGUGCAAUGCUAAGAGCUAAAAAUCCAUUUAGAAUACUAUGCCAGCCUCUCUGAUUAUCAUAAAACAAAGAUUGUCUUUUAGAUCUUGAAAGUGAGAGACUGCACACAGUUUGGACAGGCAGGUUUGUUUGCAUUGCAACUAAAUCAAGAGAUGGGAAUGAAAACAUGGCAAGCCAAACUCCCUGAAUGUCAGUUGUAGUUGAAGCCAUUUUUUUAUUAUUAUUAUUGUUAUUUGAGCAAUUUGCCACAAGGCAUGUGUACCAAAAAUAAGCAAUAGGGCAUCAGUAAAUUUCUAUUUGAUGCAGGUGCUGCAUUGUUUUGUGAAGUUAUUAUCCAUUAUCCAAUGCAGUGGCGUAGCCAAGGGGUUGCACACUGGGCCCGUGCCCCCCCCCCCCCCCCCUUGAAAUUACUUUUGCCAUGGCAUAC